AUGAAUUCAGUCACACUGAUCAUCUUGUUUCAGUGCCGUGUUCUGCUGGGAGCCCAGAGGUCCUGGUGCCAACAAGCCUCCCCCAGCACAGCGACACCACCAGCUACAAUGCAAAGACUGCUUCGGCUGGAGGAGCCAGACUAUCCAACGGAGCAUCCACAGGAUGUGGUGAACCCCCAGAGGAUCGCUGCCAGCCUGCCGGUGCUGGACGCUUCGGACACCACGGUGGUUUCAUGCUCUGAUGACUCAGAGCUGUUCUGGCAGCACAAGGGGGAACUACGCAACAUCAGAAACGACCUGAUGCUGGCGGAGGGCAGACAGACGCCGGUGGCGGCCGCCCCCGUCGUGCGCGCUCCCGGCAGUGAGGAGCAGCAGCAGCAGCAACAACAGGGCUCGUGCCCGCGCAGCGCUCUGCUCGACCAGAGCCGGCGGCACCGGACGGCGUUCACGCGCGAGCAGCUGUCCCGUCUGGAGCAGGAGUACGGGAAGGAGAGCUACGUGUCCAGACCCCGGCGCUGCGAGCUGGCGGCGGCGCUCAACCUGCCGGAGACCACCAUCAAAGUCUGGUUCCAGAACCGGAGGAUGAAGGACAAACGCCAGAGACACUCCCUGCCGUGGCCUCACCCUCUCGUCGACCCUCUCGGGGCUCUCCUGAUGGGCCGGGCCUCUCCUUCCUCCACCUUGCCGUACCCCUUCAUCCCGCCCCACCUGCCCCUGCACCACUACUCCCCCCUGGCUCUCUCCUCGCCGCCGUCCUCGGCCCACAGUCCCUACAGCGCCCCCAUGAGGCCCCUGGAUGCGCUCCGCCUCUCCCAGUACCACAACAGGCCCGGGGCGCUGCCUCCAUCAGCGGCGGUCCUCUACCCCUCCUCCAGCAUCAUGCACCACUCCGCCUCCUGCCCCUGCCCCCUCUGCCUGCACUGGGGACCGGAGCAGCUGCUCAAAGCCAGAGGGGAGGCCAUGGGACUGAGCCGGCCCCGCAGUCCCAAGACCACCAUCCAUCCUCCUGGUCUGGAGCGGAGGGAGGAGAUGGUGUAG